GCCCAUUUUAAGGCUUGUGGGCCACUGACUCCGACUGGUAUUACUUAACCGACCCGAUUUCUAGGAGCGGAAGUGGAGGAAUUCUUCUUGGUCGCCGUCCACUACUCAUCAGUUCGAGAAUGUCGAAACCCCGGGAAAAAUUAUCCCGCUUGUUCCUGUUUUUCGUCAUCUUACAAUUCUCACAGACUGUGUCCUCAGCCAGGAAAGAAAUUGGCUUUCCAGAUAGGCGCAUUUGCAGAAAUACUGUUCAGGGAAGAUAUUUAUUAUCUGAUGACAAUGGUUAUGUGUGUGAUGCUCUAUCAUUGGAUCCACUCUCCCACUGCUGUCCUGAAAGAGGACAUCAGUUCUCUUGUCAAGGAUGCAACCUUCUUUCACAGUGUUGUAACUCCUAUGAAUUUUGUGUUUCUUGCUGCCUACAUCCUGCUCAAAUACAAAAGGAAAACGUACUAAAAGUGAAAGUAGCAAAGCCAGCAACUGCAGGAACUUAUGCAAGUGUCUUUGACUUUUGUGCUGGAAGGUGUCGCCAUAAUUCUGAAAGUGUGGUUCAUGAAAAUGCUUAUAUUAGUAAUUUCCACCAUUGCUUUUCAUUGCCAUCAAAUUCUUCUGGUACUGGUGGUAUGCUUGUAGAAGCCAGACUACAUGGAAUUAAUGUUAUCAUAGGAAGGCAAGGUGAGUCAUGUGAUGUGGCUUGCAAAUCAAAUGGACAAUCGUGUGUCCUAAAUAAACUUUUGGUGCUCAAUCAGUGUGAUAUGUAAGUUGUGCACAAUCUUUCCCAUCCCUGUUGUUGUUGUUGUUGUUGGUGAUGGUGGUGUUUUUUUCAUUUUUUUUUAUUUUUUUUUAUUUUUUUACUAUUUUCUUAUAUCUGAAACAUUUCUGUUCUUCUUUUCCUUUUGAUCAAUCUACAUGCAAUCAAACAGUCACUCGUAUCAUAUUCACAAGCACACACUCACAGGGUACAUAGUGGAAUGCAUGCUGGUGCAUGUGGACAAUAGGAUGCAAAAUGAAGACAUGCAUGUGUCUCCAUGCACAUGCACCAUAUUUGUGCGUGGAGUAUGAGUUUGUAGGUUUUUCCCCCUACCAUUCCCACCAAACAAGAAAAACCUCUCUUCAGCAUCUUCAAAAAUGUGAUUAGAUUAUGUUUGAAGGGGAUAUUGUAACUCUUUAUUUCAUUUUUAUUUGCUUGAUCCUCUAUAGGAUUUCAAGAACAGAAAUUGUUUUGCUAAUCCAAAAUAUAAAAAACAAAAAAAUAAAAAAACAGAAAUUGUUUAGCCGUUUACAUCCUAUUGCAAUAUGCCAAUAUCCACUUUUCUUGUGUUUUCAUACUUAUGUUUUGGACAUAUUGCAUCAAGCACUACAGAGACAACACCUGAAUGAUGUGUUAAAUCUAUCUUCAUGGCUGAUUAUUUUUUGGAUGGGAUUGGUUCAAGCACCAGUGGAUGCUAUUUAGGAGCAUAUGUCUUACUAACUUAUUUUAAAUUUAUUUGUCCUGCUUGUUCAAGAUAACUUUUGGUUGAGUUGUGAACAGUAUCCAAAAAUAUAUGAGCUGCAAAGGAACAUGCAUGCCAAGCAUUGGAGCAGAUCAACCAGCAGAAGUUGCUGAUGAUGCUCCUAAACAUUUGAAUCCAGGAGCCUGCUUGUACACUCAAACAGAAUCCUUGCUUUCUUGUGAUGGUUCCCAUCGUCAUACCAGGAGACUUUGCCCAUGUGCGUAGUUUGUUAUCAUGAAAUCAAUGAGAUUUCGUGAUUAUAAUUACAGAGAUCUUUUGCUCGAUUCUCUUAGCUGAUGAAGCAUCAACGAUGAUCAUCAUCAAUUUGCACGCGGUAGUUAUUAAUUCGUGGGUUUUGAACCCAGAGAAGGUUGCCUGUUAUGCUCUAAGAGCAUAGCUUGUACCAUUAAGCCAGAAGCGUCUAAGGUUGGGUUUGAUAUUCUACUCUUGAAUUUUCGCUACUGGGAUGGUUGAACCUACUAAUCUUUCUUUUUCUUUUUCUUUUUUUUUUUUAAAUUAUUUUUUGUGGAUGAGUUUAAUUGAGAGUUUUUGAAAAACCGCAACAAUUCUAAAAAAUUUAUGGGUGCUCUUGAAGUAUUAUGAUAAAUCCAACAACUUAUGAGUGCUAUUGCAUCCCCCUUUUCUGUUACCUCUUUCAAAUCAAUCAUAUACCAUAAGAAUGGAACUAUAGGUUGAACAAGAUAAACUUAUAAACUACUCAAACCUCUCUUUUGAAGCAAGGAAGAAUAGGAAAAGAGCCGUCACUGAACUGUGUAAUUUAUACAAGUGAAUUCAAUGUUUUAAUCUUGGUGUGCGUUUGUCGCUCAACAAUGUCUCUUUCAUCAAUCAUUCCCGUUUAUAAUCGUUGUAGUGUCCUUUAAUGCGUAAUCAUAUUUAGAUUUGUGUUGUAACUUUGAUACUUUUAUUCAACGAAAAUUGUAGUUGAAUAAAAUAAAAAUUGUAGA